AUGCUCGAAGAAGACCCGUCGCGCCGGUGCACGGUAUUGGAGGCGCUGUCGUCGGACUACUUCCGAGCGCUUCCGCUGCGGGGUCCCAACCCCGCCUACCCGCUGCAGUGGUCACCGUUCCCGGUGCGAACCCGCAGUUUCUCGAGCACCGCUCCCGGCGGCCAGCCGCACUGGGUAGCGGUGGCCCUCGCCGCGGGGGGGCUCAAGGGUGAUUACGCCUCGGCGCUCGACAGGCACUGGUUCGACUCGACGUACGCGGUGGAGGUCCCGCUUUUGGCGGCGGCGGUACCAGGCGGAGCGUGCUCCGAGGGAGGAGAGGGGUCAAGAGUCGAGGCCUUGCUGCGGAGCUCCCUGCCCGGGGCCCGACUCGUCCGGCUCGUUAGGCUUCAGGAUCGUGCGAGGAUGCUGCGCUUCGUGUGCGACCGGGACGCUGCCAUCUCGUCCGCCGCAGCGGCCGCCGUGGCCGGUACCGGCACCGGUACAACCACGCCGGGUUUCCCGAACACUGGCGGCGGCGGCGGCGGCGGCGGAGGUGGCAGUGUGGGGAGGGUGUCUGUUGCCAGACUCUUCGCCGACCCGCGCGACGUGGUGGCGGGCGACGCGCUCACCGCGAUCUCGACGUCGGGCUCUGACCCCGCUUCCGCCACUAGGGGCGGACCGGGCUGCUGGACUGUCGGGGGCACGGCGGCGACGACAACUCCGGCGGCCGAGGAAGACCUCCGCGACAACGAUGACGCGCGGGUGAGGGGGGCCGGCGGGCCGGUAUCGAAGGCGGGGAGGGACCUCUGCCGGUUGGCGGCUAGCGCGCGGUUCGCGGCCGUCGCGCUUGCGCAGCCGCAGAUCGAGCGGCGCGACGAGGGCGGGCGGGGCGGCGGCAAGAGUAUGACCUUGCGCACCCUCGCCGUAGUCCGGGCGAUCGUCAGCGGCGAUCCCGAAGAGCACCCGGGGUGGCGGCGGGAAGGAACCUGUUCCGGGUCAGAGAGCGGGGGCGAAGCAGGGGGUUCGGCAAGCGGCAACGGGUGGUUGCAGUCGGUGGCGGCGGCGGCGGUAGACCGCGACAAGAUGGACCCCUUCUUGGACAUUGAUUGCAUGGCCAAGGUAGAUGACCUCACCCGGGUUGCAGGCAUCGGCCUCUCGUCGCCGCCGCCCUCCGUCGCUGAUGCCGGCGGCAGCGGUAACCGGACGCUUGAGCCCGCGCCAGGUUUGUCGUCUCCCGCGGUGCACUCCAUCACCGACUGGGAGGCGGUGAGCGGCGGUGGAGGGGGUGAGGAAGGGGGGCCCCGGCGGGUAGGCGGCGGCGGGGGAGGUACCGCGGCAGUGUAUACGGUGCGCCGCGAAGCGUGCUACCCGGAAUAUCUUGCAACCUUCGCGCUCUGAGAGAUGAGGGCCGCUUGGUCUGAUUUUUUUAUUUUUUCAUGGCCGCAGGUGUUGGAGUUCGUUCUUGCGCCCGUUAUUUAUUGCGCUCGGCGAGCGCACGGGAGCGGCAGCAUCAGGUAGCGCUUACCGCGGCAGCCGACGGUGCUGCUGCAGCAGGCGAAGGGGUGAAAGAUGUAUCCUUGAGAAUGAUCGCAUUUUGAAAUGUUUGCCUUUUUCGUCAUGUUUUGUUUCGCUCGGCAGGAUAUAUGUACCAACUGUUUCGCGAUACAUUUGGGUGGUUGCACCGAUUUGAGGUCGUGGUCCUUGCUCUUCCGAUCCCGUGAGGAGAAACGGUACGCACUUCAAUACAAGGCGAGAAUCAAGCCACGGCACGAGGGAUAAGGAUUUCACCCGGAACUCCGUUACGCCCGUCUUGGUGUAGCGCCGAUUUAUUGAGUGUAGGUUGUUUGCACCCAAUGGCUCCUAGAGCAGCCGGGGAAAUAGUUGGGCGCUUGAACUUUUUACUUAAUUUUACGCGUCUUGGGGCGUCUGCUCUUGUACAGUUAUUUUAUUGUUUUCAGAUGCGCGUUGCUAAAGCGCAGACAAGGGGAGUUUUCCCCGCCGUGUAAAGUUCGCCCUGGGUUCGCACUCUUCUAACGUUUUUGUGUAAUUUCCCCAUGCCUUGUUUUUUUGGGUUUUUCCUGUUACCAAGAGCGCCUGUGUGAGGAUGAGGGUUGAUUGCAACCUAAAUGUAGAUACCCCCCGCCGGGGAAACACUCUUAAGAUU